GAAGAAGAAGAAGAAGAAGAAGAAGAAGAAGAAGAAGAACCGAGCGGAGCCUGGAGCAUGUCGUGAGCAGGACUUUCUCCUGAGACAUGUCGGUGCAGGUGUGGUGUCUGUCGUUCCGGCAGCCGUACGCUGGUCUGGUUCUGGACGGAGUGAAGACGGUGGAGAGCCGCUGGAGGCCCCUGCUUGCCCCGCUGGAGAACCAAACCCUGGGGGUCCACAUCGCCCAGCGGGACUGGGAGGGGGAGGAGUGGAGGGCGGUGCUGAGCGGAGCGCUGGGAAUGAACCGGGUUCAGAUCCAAACACUCCUGGAGUCCGGAGAGAGGUUCGGCCGCGGCGUGGUAGCAGGAUUGGUGGAUGUGGGAGGGACAUGGCUGUGCCCCGCCUCCCUGCAGGGGGAGGAGCUACAGUGCAUGGAGCGCUCGGCUGUUCUGACUGGUCUUCAGGAGAAACACCUGACUCACCUGUCCAACCCUCGCUGGCUGAAGGAGCCUCUGAGUGUCAGGGGGGGUCGGGACCUCUGGACCGUGGACAUCCCAGCUGAGCUGUUACCGUGAUGACACUCACUCACAGAUCACACAGAGCUCUGCAGCAGACGUCUUAUUGGAGGAUUCAUCAGACGCUGAUGUUCCUGUGCUGCAGGAAGAAGUUAGCAUGUUAGCACUUCCUGUUCCCUCGGCUUGAAGUCAAUCCAAACGUCCUCCGUGUGGACCAGCGGACCUCAGUCAUACGUACUGUUCUUUGUCAUCACGUCAGCUCUCAGUGCAGAGACUGCCAGCCGUUGAUCGACAGCCGUCAAGACUGUUUAUUUGUUGCCAUGGAAACCUUCAAGCGACUGUUACAAUCAGGGUAACUACUGUCGUAUCGUGUCCCCUCAUCAUCAGGCUGCAGUAACACACUCUGUCACCUGUAUCUCACCAUGUUGAAUGUUAUUUCUGACCGACAUGACUCAAGUAAAGUCUUAAUAUUCCACAGUAACAUGGGCGUCAUGUUGUAGUCACUAUGGCAAUGAAUUCUGGGUAAUUAAAUCAGUGAAGUAUGCAGACAGUGCACUUUGGGCCCCUGUGGCCUGGAUGAAUUGUGGAUUUGGGGCCCUCAGUGCUUCCAGACUUCCUAAGAAUGCGCACACAAAGUCCACAAGUCUGCGAGUGCGGUGAAGUCUGGACGUUUUUGUCUUUGUCGUGCUGUCAGUGUGUGGUUUGACCCCAAGACACUGAAACAGUCAAAGGUUUAUUUAUUCUAAUGACACGUAAAUAUUCAAAUAUACCAUCAUGGAUUUACUGAAUCUUUUUUUUUCAAGUCAAAAGCACAGUUUAAAUGUUUUUAAUGGUCUGGGUAACACGGAGUUAAUACCCUGCAGCAUUAACCCCGUGUUACCCAGACCAUUGAAAACUCGGAUGGUUGAACUGACUGACUCACCGUGGUGACGUUAAGUCAUGUGACUGUGGUGACAUUAAGUCAUGUGACUGGUGACAUUAAGUCAUGUGACUGUGGUGACGUUAAGUCAUGUGACCGUGGUGACGUUAAGUCAUGUGACUGUGGUGACAUUAAGUCAUGUGACUGGUGACAUUAAGUCAUGUGACUGUGGUGACAUUAAGUCAUGUGACUGGCGACAUUAAGUCAUGUGACUGGUGACGUUAAGUCAUGUGACUGGUGACAUUAAGUCAUGUGACUGUGGUGACGUUAAGUCAUGUGACUGUGGUGACAUUAAGUCAUGUGACUGGCGACAUUAAGUCAUGUGACUGUGGUGACAUUAAGUCAUGUGACUGGCGACAUUAAGUCAUGUGACUGGUGACAUUAAGUCAUGUGACUGUGGUGACAUUAAGUCAUGUGACUGGCGACAUUAAGUCAUGUGACUGGUGACGUUAAGUCAUGUGACUGUGGUGACGUUAAGUCAUGUGACUGUGGUGACAUUAAGUCAUGUGACUGGUGACGUUAAGUCAUGUGACUGUGGUGACAUUAAGUCAUGUGACUGGUGACGUUAAGUCAUGUGACUGUGGUGACAUUAAGUCAUGUGACUGGCGACAUUAAGUCAUGUGACUGGUGACGUUAAGUCAUGUGACUGUGGUGACGUUAAGUCAUGUGACUGGCGACAUUAAGUCAUGUGACUGGUGACGUUAAGUCAUGUGACUGUGGUGACA